GAAGGGCGGGAGGCAACUUUCAGCGCAGGUGACACCGAGUUCGGCUCUGCCGACGAGCGCUCGUGUUUGUGUUUUGGCUCGGACGCUUCCUUCCUUCCUUCCUUCCCGCCUCCUUCAAAAGCGAGCCAGCCAGACCGUGGGGGAGACGCGCGGGGAAGCAAAGCUGCGCGGGCACCAAGGGCCAUGUACCUGAAGGACAAAGUGGCGCUGGUGACUGGAGCGGCUCAGGGCAUAGGCAAAGCCUUCGCUCAGGCGCUGCUGGAAAAGGGCUGCAAGGUAGGCCUUGUGGAUCAGAAUGCAGAACUAGGUAAGGAAAGCAAAGAUAACUUGGACAAGCAGUUUGAUACACAGAGAACCAUCUUCAUUCCCUGUGAUGUUUCAGAUGAAGAACAGCUAAAAGAUGCAUUUAAGAAGAUAUUUGACUCUUUUGGGAGGUUGGAUAUUGUUGUUAACAAUGCCGGAAUAAAUAAUGAAAAAAACUGGGAAGUCACAGUCCAGAUUAAUUUGAUUUCAAUGAUUAGAGGAACAUACAUUGGUUUAGAUUACAUGAAAACAGAAAAUGGAGGCAACGGUGGGGCUAUUGUUAAUAUAUCAUCAUUGGCAGGACUUAUGCCUGUUCCAUACCAACCAGUAUAUUGUGCUUCAAAGCACGGGGUUAUUGGAUUCACACGUUCAAUGGCUAUGCUCUCUAAAACAGGAAACUAUGGUGUACGAAUCAACACAAUUUGUCCUGGUUUUGUUAACACACCAAUUCUUCAAACAAUUGAAAAGGAAGAGAAUAUGGGUGAAUAUUUAGCAUACAAAGACGAGCUCAAAGAUAUGAUGAAAUACUACGGUUUACUGGCACCAUCACUGAUUGCUGAGGGACUGAUAAAAAUACUUGAAGAUGAUACGUUAAAUGGAGAAGUUAUGAAGAUUACAACAAAGAGAGGAAUCCAUUUUCAUGAAUACAGUCCACUGUAAUUUCUGUCAGACAAUAAAUUCUAAUACAUUACCUCAGUUUGCUUUGAAGAAAAGAAUACUGUUAUUUACAUAAAAUAAAAAAAUAAAGGUAUGUUGGAAUAAAUGGUUCUGCAAAAAGAAAAUCUUGGUUAAUGUUAGUUUACCUGAAUUUUUAAAAAUUACUGUCAGUAUCCCUUAUGUGAAGGAUGGGGGAUGUUGCCAAAAAUGGGUUUUUAUAUCAGAAAUGUAAUUGUUACUUAUUUUAUACAAAACGUCAUUUCAAUUAUUGUAAAAAUAUUUAUGAUACUAUCUAAUUUUAUUUGUGGCAAAACAUUAUAGAGCUAAGUUAUAAAAGUCAGAUAAUUUAGAUGUCAAGUGUGCUUUUAAAGUUUAUCGCUAGAACAGCUGCAGCACACCCUUCAGGCAUUCACAGUUACAGUGAAAUCCUAAACAGAGCUACACCAGUCUAUGCCCAUUGAAAUCAAUGGACACAGACUGGUUUAAAUCUGUUUAGGAUUUCACUGUGAAUCCCAAAUAUUGACACGGUCUGCACUGUGUACUGUCAGGGUCUGAUUUACUUUUGCUAUAAUUGUCUAACUCAAUGGUAUUCAGAGUGUGGAUCAGGAUUCGGACCCAAAAGUGGGUCACAGCUUUCUUACAGGUGGAUUGGAAGGCCAGGAGAGAUGAAGUCAAGCAGGGAAAAUUGGCGGAAGAGACUCUGAGAUAGCAAAUUUGGGUUUUUCUCUGCAUAGUGUGUGAAAUGGCCAUAAAAUACAGCUUGCUGUUCAGUAAUGUUAUAUAUUUAUAAACACUAAACUUGGAAAAAUAAAAUAUACAUUUGUUCAAUAUUAA